CAAUAACGCACUCUUUGCUGCAUCUUUUCUCUUUCUUUCAGAGUGGUGCCAUGCUACCGGGAGGCUGUGGAUGAGAAAGUAUGUCGUCCGACUUCUACUCUAGGGAUGAUCUGGUGGAAAGGGGGUCCAUCCCCCUGGACAUCGACAAUGUCCACAUGCUGCUGCAGGUGGAACAAGAACAGAUUCAGAAAAGGACCUUCAGCAACUGGGUCAACGCUCAGCUGGCAAAGCGGAGGCCACCAUGUAUGGUCGUGGAUCUGUUCAGCGACUUCUGCGAUGGCUCCAAAUUGCUGGACCUGCUGGAGGUGAUGAGCGGUCAGCGCAUCAGUCGGGAGAGAGGCAGGGGAAUGUUUCAGCACAGAAGCAACAUUGAGAAAGCCCUCUCCUUUCUAAAGAAGAAAUCGAUCAAACUAGUCAACAUAAACAUUCCUGACAUCAUUGAUGGCAAACCAUCGAUCAUCCUGGGCCUCAUAUGGACAAUCAUUCUACAGUAUCAUAUUGAGGAGUUGGCCAGUGGCCUAUCAUUCGACUCACGUCAGUCCUCCAUGGAGUCUUUGGCCAGUCUAGACUCGCGCUCCACCCUGUCGAGCCGCUCGGCUAGCAGCAGUCCUGUUCCUCCCAGAGGCUCAGCACUUCACAACCGCUUCAGGGUUUCUGCCAAGAAGGCCCUGCUGCUCUGGGUCAGGGAGCAGUGUCACAAAGCUGGCUAUUCAAUAAAUGUGAAGGACUUCAAGGCAAGCUGGAGGAGUGGAGUGGUCUUCUUGGCGAUCCUGUAUGCUCUGCGGCCCGACCUGGUGGAUCUGUCCAAAGCCAAAACCAGAAGCAACAAACAGAACCUGGAGGAGGCCUUCCACAUCGCGGAGAAAGAGCUUAGGAUCCCCAGACUGCUGGAGCCUGAUGAUGUGGACGUUCGAGACCCGGAUGAGAAGUCCAUCAUGACCUACGUGGCUCAGUUCCUGCAGUACUCCAGAGACCUGCCAGUGCCAGAGGAAGAAAUGCAGACACAAUAUCUGACUCCUCCUAAAAGUCCUUCUCCUAUCAACCUGCCUGUUCACUACACUCCUGCUAUUUCUGCUUCACCUCUGCGACAGGCAACACCUGAUCGUAAGGCGCAGGAAGUGACGUGCUGGCUGGUUCAGGCCUAUGACGAGCUCCAGGAGGGAUGGGACUCCACAGAGGGAGAGACCUACCCAGAGAGAUACCAUGUAUUUCAGACCUUUCUGGUGUCAUUUAAUGAGCAACGACGGCCCAUUAUGCCUCUGUUGACGGCAAUGAGACGAACCCCGAAACUGAGCGAAGAGCAGCGGGCUCUCAGAGAGGCGUGGGACGCCCUCACUGAAAAGCUUCGGGAAUACAAAAUUGAGUUAGAUAUGAGUCUUCCAGCCCCCUUGGACACAGUGGCCCGCUGGCUGCUGAGAACAGAGGGGGCUCUGGCCGAGGAGGAGGGCGACCCACAGGACCACGGCCGUGCUGCUGACGAAGCCAAGGAGAAACAGGAGCUGCUCAAAGUUUGCUUAGAGGAGAUGCCGCAGCAGGUGAAGACCUUCCAGUCCUUCCAGAACCUGGAUGGGUACGGAAACCCGAUGGUUCCUACUGACAAGAUGGAUGAGCUAAAGAGGAGGUUCACCAGUGUGAGAGUGACCGCUAAAUACCAUGGGAUCAAGCUGGAGUACCGGGAGCACCGCCACACAGUUCUGGAUCUGUUGGGGCAGAUCAGGACCAAGCUCCGUGUCUGGAAGAGGCCGUACAUCUCUCCGGAGGCUGUCAGGGUGUUGCUGCAAGAAUGGCAUGAGCUGGUAAACACACAGGAGCUAUCUUCUCUGUUGGAAGCAGCUCUUCGUAAGCUGAAAAGGAUAUCUGAGAAAUAUUCAAGCAAAUCUGCCCUUGCUGCAGAUUAUCGCCUCGUCAGUCAGCAGGUGAAGCAGCUGGAGGAGGACACUGCCGUGGUUUUGGAGGAGGUGACCACAGCCAAGACCACCAUGGGACGGGUCCUGUCUGCCUGGGACUCCUACAGCGACUGCCUCAGCUCUCUGCAGGCUUGGCUGGAGCAGGGCUCUGCAACACUCGGCCCUGGCAACAGACCAGCGGUGACGUCUGAAUCUUUGGCUGAGUGGGGCUCCCGACAGGCCCACCUGAACGAGGUGGGUAACUUCCUGAUCGAGUCAACGGACCCUCAAACCAGGAGGAGCCUGGCAGAGGAGCUGUGCAGGCUCAACAUGCACUGGGCCGAGUUCGUCAAGAGAAACACUUUUGACAACGUGACUGAGCCCAGUGCUGUCGCCCUGGCCAGACCCCAGGACCCCCAUGCUCUUAUCAGAGAAGCGACUCUGAUUCUCAAAGAGCCUCUGGAAGUGAUGGCAGGUCCUUUGCGCACCUACAGAAAAAGAAUACAGUUCAUAAUAAGGAAGCUAAAAGAGGUGGAUCUGGAUGGUCUGGGUCCAUCCCCAGAAUGCCCAGCAAAUCAGUUACAGAAACUGAAGCUUGCUAUACCUGAAGUAAUUCAAACACUGUCAGAGGCAGAGCAGGUGUGUAUGGAGUUGCAGCACAGCUUGUCGGGUCUGGACAGUCGCCUGGCUGAACUUCUGCACUGGGAAACAGAGGCCAGGGAGCUCUAUCAGCAGCUGAGGACUGCAGAACAACAGCAACAGCAGGGCCAGGACCCACGGGCCAGGGUCCUGAUUUCCCGUGGUCUACAGCUUGAGGGUCAGGUGGUGACAGAGGAGCAGGACCUGCAAGUGAUGGUGAUGACGGGUCAGAAGAGCUCUCCCAUCCAGUACCUCCACGCUUCCACUAUACAGGACCAUGUGCGAGCGGCUGUUGCUCAGUCACAGGAGGCUGUAGGUAUGCUGAGCAGCCUGGGAGCCAGAAGAGACAGAAGCAGAAGCCCCCCUGAAGAAACUCCUCCAUCAAAAGUCUUUAUUCAGGCUAAAGAAAAGCCUCAACAUCUGAGACAAUUGGACACUAGGCAGCCAACUCAGCAGCCCAAGACAAAGUUAGUUUCUCAUCAGUGUCAUGAAACCUUUGUUCCGAAGAUAGUGGUGCAGGAAUACAGAGAGGAAAAGAUGACUUCUCCUCCAAUGCCAUAUACCUACGCGGAGGCUGUGAUGCAGACCAGGACAAAGUCACCACCAGAAGCCCAGGCUCAGGGCUUUUCAGAGAAUGCUUCACAAAAACAACAGCAGACUCAGGAACAAGGAAUGAUACCGCAGCAGCAGUUACCGCAUCAAAAACAACUUAACACACAAAAAGAAAAAGAGGUACAACUGCAAGAACUCAAGCAGCAGCAACCAGAAGAAGUACAACAGCAGGAGCGGAUGCAAACACAGCCACAACAGCGGCAGCAGAAGCAGGACAAACAACAGGUGGAGCACCUGCAGCAGAUAGAAAUUCAUCAAACUCAGCAGCAGGUGGUGACUCAUAUACAGGUUGAAACACAAGUAAAACAGAUGCCAGAACCCCAUGAGCAGACUUCACCACAACAGCCAGCUGUACAGAAACUGCCCCUAAGCUUCAAUGAGCUUCAAAGCAGAAAGGCUCGGGCCAAGAAGAACCGGCCCUGGCUUCAGAAACCAAUCCCAGGAGAGUAUAAAACUCAAAUUCCAUAUGCAGAACCAGAUUCUACUCAGUACGUAGUUCAGACUACACAACCAAAGUCAGAUGCAGAAAUGGCAUCACUUCAAGUUGUUCAUCAAUAUACAGAAAGUCCCAAGCCUCAGCAUGAGGAAAAUGUUGCGGCUAUUACGCAGCGACAACCGCAAAAAGAGCAACAAAAUACAGAUCAGCAACAGCGAGAACAACAUCAAGAUCAGCAACAACAACAAAAACAGCAGCAUCAGCAACAACUACGGCAACUGGAAAAGCAACGCAAGCAACAGGAACAAUUGCUGCAGCAACAACAACAGGAACAACAAAAACAACCGCAACAACCACAGUCUAUCUUAAUACAGGCACAACCAGAUUUAGACAACAAGGUUAUAUCCCAGACUGUAACUAUGGCUCAACCUCACCCACAAGCUAAGGCAAAACUCCAAACUAUGGCUCAGUCUGCAUCUCGGGCAGUAGUCCAAGUACAGUCAACAAGUGUGUCCCACACUUACGCAGACAGCCAGCAACCGCUGAGGACCAUGUCACAAACCAGUGUGAGCCAAGGUCAGUCACAGACACAAGUCCUUCCACAGUCUUAUGGCCCAGUGAAGGAACAGUUAUUGACCCAGCCACAGACACAACCACAGCCCCAGUGUCAAGGUCAGCCUCAGGCCCAAACAUGUGGCCCAGCUGAACUUCAGCUAAGUGUGCAGCAACAGGGUCAGCUCCACAAUCUAGCCCAUGGUCCAGCUGUAGCUCAAGUGCAGACAUGGGCUCAAGUUGGUCCAUCAUCCCCCAUGCAGACUCCACUACAGGGCCAGAUUCAGCCUCCCAUACCAUCCCACAUUCAACUUCGUAGUCAUCCACAGUCAUGGGCCCCUGUCAGGCCCCCUUCCCCUAGGCCACCUACACAGGCCCAACCUCAAACCCAUGCUCAAACAAUUGCUGAUCCUCAAACCCAUGCUCAGUCAAUGCCCCUGGCUCAAACCGGUCCUCAGCCAAAGACCCAGUCUCAAAUCUAUGCUCAGUCGAUGACCCAGGCUCAAACCCAUCCUCAGUCCAUUGACCAUUCUCAAACCCAUGCCCAGUCUAUAGCCCAGUCUCAAACCCAUCCUCAGUCCAUGGCCCAUCCUCAAACCCAUGCCCAGUCAAUGACCCAGGUUCAAACCCAUCCUCAGCCAAAGGCCCAUGGUCAAAUCCAUGCCCAGCCUAUGGUCCAGGUUCAAACCCAUCCCCAGCCAAAGGCCCACACUCAAAUACAUGCACAGCCUAUGGUCCGGGCUCAAACCCAUAAUCAGCCAAUGGCCUGGCUAAGUCAGGCCCAACCUUUGACUAAACAUCAAACCCAAGCUAAACCUGUAGUCCAGCCCCAGGGUCAUUCUCAGCCUUUAACUCAGUAUCCCACACCUGCUCAGCCACCAGUCCAGCAUCCAGGCCAUAUCUCCCAGGGCCAGCUGCAGGCUUGGACUCGAGUCAGAGACUCUUCCCCAAUGUCUGUACAGCAUCCAAAGACUACAGUGCAACCUCAGCUUUAUCCCCAGGGUUACUCCCAGGUUCAGUCUCUAUCCAAACAGUGGACACCCAAGCAAGAACCACAAAAUAAACCCUUCCCCCAGCAGAGACAUCCCAUUCCUCAACAAUACCAUCAGCAAAUAGAUCAAGCUCCACAGCAUCAGGCUUAUCCAACAGUUCAGGCUCUACCACAGUGGGCCCAAACUGGGCCAGAGCAAGGACCUCAGAUAGGGCCCCCUGGGUAUUUUCACAAAGGGCCAUCAUAUACUCAUCCUCAAAUGCAGCCACAAACACAAACCCAACCCUGGGCUCAAACCCAAAUGAGGCCCCAGGGUCCCAUGCAAGAGCAUCCUCAGAUGAGAGCUUAUAAUGUUGUUCAUAUCCAGACACAACAAGGCCAAGUGCAGCAGCAGACUUCUGUUCAGGCACCACAACAGCUCCAGCCUUAUCCACAGCCGCACUCUCAGCAAUAUUCACAGGUUCUGCAUCAGCCCCAAACUCAGCAUCAUCCUCAGCGUCAGAUGCAAACUCAGAUACCUCUCCAAUCACAACCACCACAUCAAACCCAUCCUCAGCUUUGUUCACAGCCCCAGCUCCAAACACUGCUGCAAACACACAUCCAGACACAGCCAUUGGUACAAGCAAAACCCGAUGCCCAGACUCAGCAGCCUCAGCUCAAUCUUCAGUUCCAGGAGCCCCCUCCACAACCCAAACAUCAGGCCCAGCUCCAACCACAGCUGCAAAUUCAGUCACCAGCUCAACCAAAAGAUGAAUCCCUUUCACAACCCAAACCUCUGGCCCAAUUAGCACCACAUCCAGAGGUUCCGUCACAAACCCAACAGAAGACUGGAUCACCUGCACAACCCAAGCCACAGGACAAAACAGCACCAAAACCUGAGACUCAUUCACCGACUCAAUCCAAGGUUCAGUCACCAACCCAACUCAAGUCCCAAUCUCUGCCACAACCCAAACCUCAGCCACAAUUGCCACCACAGCCCCAACUUCAGGCUCCUUCACCACCAUUACCCAAGGCCCAAACUACAACACAUUCCAAGGCUCAAUCACCCCCACAGGCCAGACCUCAGAUCCAAUCACUUCCACAAUUAAGACCACAAACCCAGUUUCCUCCACAGCCCAAACCACAACAGCCCCAAACCAUUCUCCUCUCUCAGGUCAAUUUGCUGCCUCAGUCCCAGGCUGAGUCACCAGACCUCUGCAUCACACCUCCGGCCCUGGCUCAGGCACCUCCCCAGGCCUACACAGAAGCGUAUGCCAAGGCCCAGGCUUUGGCCAGGAACGGCUUUGAGGAGGCCAAGCACUGUCUGCAGGAGCACAUCUUGGAAGCCAUUAACGUGUUCAAAGACAAAUGCAUAUCACCCGAACAAGUAUCAGUGAAAGAGGAGACUCUAAAGACCCUGGACCCAGAGUUGCUGGAGGGAUUCCUGAGAGCAGCCAAGAGCAUGGAGGCCUUUUGUACCCCCUCACAGCUCAGAGACAUGGAGUUCUUCACCCAGUCUGUCAGGACACAGUGGGAGGCUUGCUUCUCAGUGGAUGGCAGCUUUGCCCAGGCAGGGCAGCACCUCGAGGCCUUGAAGGAGCUGUGUGACACCCUGAGCCCAGAGGAUGCUCACCGCCUGGCCCAGACUCAGCUGAGGGAGUGUGAGAAAAGGCUGGCUGCCAUCCAGCACCAGUUCAGCGGAGACCAAGACGCACCAAUCGCUGAUUCCAGGAUUCCUGUUGCCUUCAGUGAGGAUCUGACCACACAAAAGGAAAAUGACAAACUUGAAGUCUCAGCUGAGGUGUCCCAAGUGACAAUGAAGACAGUCAUCGAGGAGAGGAGGGAGGCUGAAAAGCAGGCUUCUGUAGAGGAGGAAGUCACCAAAAAGGAGGCAUUAGAAAGAUAUGAGAAUUGUAAGAAGACUCUGCAAGCCCAACUUGCUAAAAACGAACAGAGCAUCAAGGAUAUCCCCUCUGACGCCGUCUCUCUUAAAAGCUUGCAUACACGCUUGCAGGAAAUACAGUUCUUGAGGCAGGAGACUGAGUCUCUGUGGUCUGAGUAUGGAAACCUGUGCUCCCAGUGUUCCCAGUCGAGUGGUAACAUUGAUUUGGAGCAGGGGAAGGCGGAGCUGCAGGAGCAGUGGCGCAGCCAACAGUUCAACCUUCAGAGGAGAGGUAGCUCGCUAGCCGCUGCCCUCAGACAGAUUGACUCCACCGAGAACCAUAUGGUGGACUUCACGGACCGUCUGGACCGUUACCUGAGACAGCCCAAAGACAUCACUGCCUUCACACUGGCCAAUACCAACAUCCUGAAAGAUAUUAAGGAACUGGAUGACAACAUCCAGAGUGAGCUGGACCAGCUGUCUCGUCUUGACCCUGAAUCCAGUGAUCUGGACCCUAGAGACUGCUUCCCUCUGUCCCGUGAGGUUGAGACUCACAGAACCAGCUUAGAUCAGCUCCGACAGCAGGUCCGAAAAAGCGAAGCAGCCGCCCGCGCCCUCGACCGAUUCCUCAUGUCACUGCGCACUGUGGAUGAAGACAUCUCCGGAGUCCAAGGCGCCCCCUGCAGCGACACUACGGUACUGCAGGACUGUCGCUCCAAGCUGGCUCUGAUCAAGCAAAGCAUCGACAGUCUGAAAGAAAAGGCACCUCAGCUGGAUCUGCUCCUGCAAGGAGCCAGACUGACAGUCACCAGGGAUGGUGUUCCAGCAUCCUGCCUGGACAUGGUGACUGCCCUGCUGAAAAGGCUGGAGGAGGCUGACAGCGGGUUGGCCAGCCAGCAGAAGGGCCUCAGGAAGGAGACCCAGAGUAGAUCCCUUGGCCUGAGGAAGAGGACGCUGCUAGGGGAGCUGAGGAAGCUGCAGGAUACGAUUGAAAUUCAAGGCCUGAAGGAGCCCACCAUGCCUGCUGUGCAACACAGGCUUCGUGCCCUGUCAGAUUUGGAGGGCCAGCUGCAGGCCCAGCAUGCAGAGCUCCAGAACCUCUGUGAACUCGAAGAGAAACAGGGAGGAGGAGAAAACCUCUUACAGGAGUUGGAAACUCAGUGGAAAGAGACUCAGAAAGUUUUUUAUGACAGGAAGAAGCAGUGUAGCGUCCUGUUGGAGAAUCUCAAGAGGUUUCAGAGCUGCCGCAGUCACCUGAGCAACACCAUGCAGAGAGCAGAGCAGACGAUCAGUGAUCAGGCUUCCUACAUGGGCAAGGACAACCUGCAGAGAAGUAUAACCAAGGUUCGAGAUAUUAAGGAGGAGCUGGGUGGUCUUGGGGAGCGUAUGGAGGAGAUGAGAGGUGUUUGCAGGCAGCUGCAGUCCCAACUGAAGAAGUUCCCAGACUGCAGUGAGUCUCCCUUCGAAGCAGAGGCUGACACCCUGAUGGACAACUGGCUGGAUGUGACUGAGAAGACAGAUGCGUACAUGGACAACCUUGAGGUGGGGCUGGAGCUGUGGGAGAAGCAGCUGAUGCUUGGAGGAGAGGUGGAUGGCUGGGCAGGAGCCCAACUUGGCCUGUUUGCAAAGAGCCAUCCCUUCCACAACGAGCAACAAGUACUUGCCAUGAGGGAUGAGAUCCACGCUAAUGAGGAGAACAUUGAACAUUUCCACAAGAAGUCUGUAGAGAUCCAGGAAAUGCUGCAGAGUCAGGAAGCUCCACUGGAGCUGCAGGUAAUGGAAACCCAGCUGAGGAAGAGGAUUGAGCAGGUGAAGGAGCUGUUUACCGACUGCACAGAAGUCUUUGAGGAGCUGAUAGCUGUGAUGAAACACCUAGCUGAGAAGAUACAGGAGUGCCAGUCAGCUGUAGAGAACAUCCAGUGUUCUCUCAGUAAGGUUGAUGCUUCAGGACCAAAGGUCGAAGCCCAGAUACAGGAUCUGUGUGAUGAUCUCAAGACUCAGGAGGAACAGGCUGAGGCCGUGUUGAAGGAGGUAGGAGUGCUUUCCAGUGUGGCCACUCCUCAGGUGCUGGAGGCACUGUCUGUAGACUGCAGCAGGCUGAGGGAGGCCAUCUCCCGCACCAAAGAGAUGAUUCACCUGAAGCGAGAGGAGAGGGACAAGGGCCUGCUCACGGUGGUCAAAGAUGAAAGGCAGUCAUUUGAGAGGUUGUUCCAGGACUUGCAGCUGUCUGUCAAUGAAUGCUUUGAGAACCCUGAGAACAGAACAGAUGUGGAAACAUCUCUGCAAAGACUCACUGGUUUCCUAAAAUCCAAAGAUGCAGAGAGACGUCUGGACCAGCUGAAAGUUCAGAUGGAGAGAGCCAGCCAGCAGUUUCCUCCCCAGCAGCUCUCUGACUUCACCGACUGGCUGAAGGAGCAGCAGGAGGAGCUGCGCACGUUCACAACCCACUGCCACAACAGGCAGACACAAAUGGAGUCACUCCUCGGUGACUUGAACAGUCUACAAAAUCAGCAUGAUUGGUUCCGUGAUUGGCUGCAGACCAAAGAGAAACAGUCCGUGGUGUCAGACAAAGUCAAACUUCUUCUAAAAGACCUUCAGGAUGAGAGUGGUAGAGCUGAGACACUCAGUGAGCUGUUAGCAUCAGUACGCAGACAAGGCAUCAGAGCUGAAAGCCUCCUGAAAGACAGUGAUAACCUGAUACAACGCUACCGAAACCUGGAGACUUUGCUGCAGAAAAAGGCCAAGGCCCAGAGUGUUCUGGAGGAGGAGUACGACAGGUUUAAUACAAAGGCUGGGAGCACCAGGACCUGGAUCAGGGACCUUCUGCAACCCAUCACCUCCCCUGACAGAGACAUCCAGUCUGAAGAGAUUAAGUGCAAAGCACAGGCCAUUCUGAGCUCCAAACCUGAGGGAGACUCCAAGGUGAACAACCUGAGAGGUCAAAGCCAGAGUCUGUGUGAACAGGAGAACCUGGACGAGAGCAGGAAACAAGAAGUCCAACAGACGGUCAGAGAAACAGAGGAGCAGUGGAGGACAGCCCUGCAGACAGCUGAGGAGGCUCUCGACAAGGUGGAAACACAAGCUCUGUUAGACAAAGACCUGGUUGCUUUCAAAACCCAGAAUGAAAAUGUCCAGUCCUGGAUCAGAGACCAGGAACAGAACCUGCAGGCUGUUGGUGGUCACAUGCAAGUUGUAGAAAGGCUAGAGAUUGCACAAGCUACUCUGAGCUCCAAGCCUGAGGGAGAUUCAAAACUCCAAGAUCUGAAGAAACAAUGUCAGAGUCUGUGUGACAACCAGGCCUUGGACGAAAGCAGGAGAAGAGACGUUCAGGAUGAAGUCAAACACAAAGAGGAGCAGUGGAGUAAAGUCUUGAGGGCUGCUGAGGAGGUGCUCAACAAGGCAGAGACUGAAGCUGCCUCUGAGAAGGACAUUGAUGCUUUCAAAACCCAAAGUGAAAGCAUCCAGUCCUGGAUCAGGGAGCAGAAGCAGAAGCUGCUGUCCCUCAGUACUCAUAUGCAGUUUGAAGAGAGGGUAAAGAUUGCACAAGCUGUUUUGACUGCCAGACCUGAGGGUGAGUCCAAGGUGUUCAACCUGAAGAGACAAGGCGAGAGUCUGUGUGAGAACCUUGAGGAAAGCAGGAAACCAGAGGUUCAGCGGCUGGUAAAAGACGCAGGGCAGCAGUGGAGAACAGUCCUACAGGCUGCCACACAGGCAGAGCUCAAAAGUCUUUCAGAUGACUUUGACACUCAGAGUAAAAACACUCAGUCCUGGAUCAGAGACACACAACAGAAGUUGCAGUCUGUCGGUAUUCUCACACCACCUGAGGAAAGAUGUCAUACAGCUGAGAUCAUCUUGAGCUCCAAACCUGAAGGUGACUGUAAGGUCAACAACCUAAGAAGGCGAGGGCAGGGCCUGUGUGCCCAUAAAGACGCAGACGAGGGCAGGAAAGUAUAUAUUCAGCAGACUGUCAGCGACACAGAGGAGCAGUGGAGGAUGGUCCUGCAGGCUGCUAAAGGGAUCAAGGCUGCUGCAGAAGCUCAGAUCGCUCAGGAGAUUGAGAGGAGGAAGUUGGAGCUGAGAGAAUUUGAUACCCAUCAGCAGGAUGCUGGGUGCUGGCUUGUAGAUCUCCAACAACGACUGGACUCACUGGGCAGCCAAACCAAAGCUGAGGACAGACUGCACACAGCACAGGACAUUAUGAGCUCCAAGCCUGAAGGAGAAUCCAAGCUCCAGGAGCUCAGAAGACGAGGCCAGAGUUUGUGUGGUCAGGACCUUGAGGAAAACAAAAAACAAGAGGUUGAACAAAAAGUAAAAGACGCUGAGGAACGGUGGACUAAAGUCCUGCGGGAUGCUAAACAGGCCCUGGAUAAGGCUGAGAAGCAGUGUGCUCUGGAGGGCCAGCUGAGGGACUAUGAGGCCCUGAGAGAAAACACCAGAGCAUGGCUGGGAGACAAACAGCAGAGCCUUGUCUCUCUGGACAGUCAGAUAGAUCCAGAAAAGAUAAUAAACACCGUACAGACUGUCCUGAGCUCUAAGCCUGAGGGAGACUCCAAGCUGACAGAGCUGAGGAGACAAAGCCAGAGUCUGUCUGACCAGGAGGACCUGGAGGAGAACACAAGACGAGAGGCUCAACAGACAGUGAAAGACUCGGAGGAGCAAUGGAGGACAGUUCUGCAGACUGCUGAGAACACUCUAAAGAAAGCUGAGGUCCAGUACUCUCUCUCCAGGGAAAUGGAGGCCUUCUGUACCCAAGCAGGGAGCACUAAAACCUGGAUUAAAGAGCUGCAGGAACAGGCUGACUCCAAAGGGAAAGGCACUCAGGGCAGCAAGGCUCAGAUAGAGGACAGGCUGAACACAGCACAGGUCAUCCUAGGGUCCAAGUCCAAUGGUGAGGCUCAAGUGAUGGAGCUGAAGAGACGAGCACAGAGUCUUUGUAAGCAAAAUGACCUGGAGGAAGAAAAGAAACUAGAGGUUCAGCAGAUGGUCGGAGACACCGAGCAGCAGUGGAGCACGGUCCUGCAGGGUGCUGAGGAGACUCAGAGACAGUUGACGGGUGUUGUAGAGCGCCUGGUGUCCUGUCAGUACAAGCGAGGCCAGGUAGAGGCCCGUCUGGCUGAGCUCCAGAAGCAGACGUCCAACCUGCCACGCGUCUUCCCUUGGCCGGGCCUGGGAGAGCGGAGGCAGGCACAGGAACAGGCCCAGACCCUGCUGGACCAGAGCACAGCCAUAGCCCCUGUCCUCUCGGACCUUCGCACACAGGCCUCAGAGCUGUUUGAGAUCACACAGGACUGUGACUGGACAGAUCCCUCCUGGGCAGCCAAGGAGGAGUCCAUUCCUGCUCUGCUGAAAGAGCUGACUGAUGCGGUAGCUAACUUGGAGCAGGGAAUCCUGACGGAGAGGCUGUGCACCCAGCUGGUUGAGCAGCAUGAAGCAGCUCAGGACUGGCUGAGGGAGCACGUUAAAGGCCUGGGAGCUCCUCCAACAGACAGACAGGGUCUGCACAGUGCUGUCAACACUCUGAAGGCUUUGCUCCUGACAGUGGACAGGGAGCAGAGAGAGAUGAAGGACCUAGACUCUGCCAGAGACAAUUUGCUGAGCCUUUGCACCCCUGGAGGUCGGGAUGCACUUACCCUGGAGGUCAGCCACCUUCACGACCUCUGUGCCACCUCAGAGCAGGAGGUGAGGGAGCGCCUGACAGUCUGUGAGGCCCGGCUGGAAGAGCUUGAGAGUCAGUUGGCCAGGAGGUCCCAGGAGCUGAAGGAGAGAGCUGCAGCCCUGCAAUGGGAGCUCCGCUCUCUGGACCAGGCGCUCAGUUACAGUGAACCACAGCACAACAUCGCUCAGCUUCAACAGCACUGGCACAGCCUUCAGAACUGUGAGACGUCGCUAGAAGAUUUGGGUGUGAAAGUUCAUGAUCUCCGCCAGGAAGUAAAGUCAACACCUGCCACCAAUGAGCUGCCAGCAGAAAUUAUCAGUGCGGUUGAAUCUUUGUGCCAGCAACAUGACAGUCUAAAAUCCAGGCUGAAUGAGCAUCAGAGUGACUGCUCUACAAACACAGCUCGCUGUCUGACAGAUUGUCUUCACCCCCUGCAGCAAUGGAACCAAAUCAAACCAUCGGAGUCAAUUUCUUCAGUGCAGGUGACAUUAGAGGAAGGUGAAAAGUUGCAUGUCAGCCUGCAGGAAGCGCUUUCUCACCAGCGGUUUCUAACAGACUGUCUGACGGCAGUUUUGUUUGAGAAACUGGAGAAAGAAUGCUCAGAGACCCUCAAAGAAGCAGACACACAUAAAGGUUCUCUAAGCCAGAGAUUAAAGGAACUUGCUGAAAGGAGGAAACAAAAACAGCAUGACAUUCAGUCCUCUGAUGUCCUGUCCAUUAAUUUAGAGGAAACAAAGACCUCUGUGUUGGCAUCACCACGAAAAAACAAGUGCUUACCUAAGGAGAAACAAGUUAAACUACAAAAAAACAUUCCCUUACCAGAAAAAUCUACCUCAGUUGAUGAUGAAUUGUCAGUUUCAGCCGAGGUCAUGCAAACUGAUACUAAAACACUAAAACCUAAUGUGACAGCAGUAAUGGAAGAUGCGAAAAGUACUGGUGAGGAGCAAACCACGAUUGAAACAACUAAAAGGAAAUCUCAGAGUCCAACAUAUGCUUCAGAAUCUAUUUUAAAACAAAGUUACCACACCUUUCAAGAGCCACAGUUUAAAAGUAUUAAGCCAGAUGUUACAGGUGACUCAGUUGAUACUGAGCAAAUUAAACCGGCUCUUGAGGAACCUAUACUGAUCCAGAAGGUCAUUGAAAAGUCUCCACCUGUUGGUAAUGAGGAAACUACACCUAUACCAUCCAGAAGAAAGUCCAAAGCUUUGACCACUGAUACACAGCCUGCCCAUAAUAAGAUGGAGGAAACAAAGAAAAUAGGAACCAUUAUUCUAGAUGUAUCAGAAACAUUUGCUGAACAACCUAUGUCUGUACCAAAAAGACAAGAGUUAGAGAGUUCAGAAGUUUCCACAACUUCAGAGCCAGUCACCACCCAGCAUAUAACUUCUGAAUAUUGUGCAGAGCUUGAGGAAAUUAAGAAAGAACCUGAGAAUGGGAAAACUCCUUCAACUGCACGGGUGAUCACAGAGCCAACUGGAAUUGCUAUGGUGGAAGAAAGUAACCUCUUGCCAAAUAAAAGAAAGUCAAAGAGUCCAAAAAUGUCCCCACAACUUUCUUACAAGGACGAAACAAAGACCAUGGAAAAGUAUGACAGCCAGAUAUCUUUGAGAUCCAAGGAGCAAACUGAAGUUGCUGUUGUGGAAGAAACUAAGAUUAUACCAACCAGAAAGAAGUCAAAGAGUCUUGAUAUUUCCACUACUCCACAGCCAGUAUCAGCGGCUGAAAAAUCUACAUGUGUGGUUAAAGAGCCUGAGAAGUCUCCAACCACAGAGUUUGUUCCAGAGCCACCUGAAAUUGUUGUUUCAGAACAAAGUGAGGUUUUACCACCCAAGCGAAAGUCAAAAAGUCCAACCCUUCUUCAAAAACCCACUGACCAGCAGGCAGCGCAGGUGAAAGGAGAAUCUGAAAGUCAUCUGUCUGGUUUGAGUUUGAGGGAGCAAACUGAAAGUGUUGGUAUGGAAGAAACAAAUACUAAGCAAGAGUCUGGUAGUCAGAAGCCUUCUCUGAGUUCCAAUGAACAAACUAAAAAUGUUGUUGAAGAAACUAAAAUUAUACCAACCAAGACCAAGUCGAAGAGUCUUGAGGUUUCCACAGUUCUAGAGCGAGUGUCUCCCCUUGAUAUAAUUGCUGGUGAGGAACCUAAGGAGGCAAAACAAGAAUCUGAAAAUCAUUCCACAAUCUCAGAGUUGGUUAAAGGGCAAGCUGAAACUGCUGUUGUGGAAAAAAGUAAGUUUCUACCACCGAGGAGAAAAUCAAAGAGUAAAGAACUUUCUCUUAAACCUGCUGACACUGAGGCACCUCAGAUAAUGAAAGAGCCUGAAGGUCAGAAAUCUUCUUUGAGUUCCAGUGACCAAAAUAAAACUGUUGUUAUUGAAGAAACAAAGCUUGUACCAACCAGGAGGAAGUCAAAAAGUGGUGACCUUGCCACAUCUUCCAAGACAGUUUUUACCCAUGCUAAAUCACCUGAUGUGGAGCCUGAACAAAAUAAGAAAGAACUUGAUGGUCAAAAGUAUUCAACUCCAGAUAUGGCCACAGGAGCAAUUGAAAGUACUGUUGUAGGAAAACAUAAGCUUUCACCAACUAAAAGAAAGUCAAAGGGUCUGAAACUUCCCCCAGAACUUGCCACCAAGGAUGUGACGGAGAUGGUAGAAGAGCCUGGCAGACAUGAAUCUUUAGAGCAAACUGAGGCUGUUGUUUUAAAAGAAACAAAGCUCAUAGCAACCAGAAGGAAGUCAAAAAGUGUUGAUGUUACCACAUCUCCAGAGCCAGUGUAUGUCGUUGAUGGGACUACUAAUGUUGCGUCUAAGGAAGCUAGGAAAGAACUUGAAGGUGGGAAGAAUACUUCAACUGCACAAGCAGACAUGGGAGCAACUGAAACUACUAUUGUGGAGGAAGGUAAACUCUUGCCAACCACAAGAAAGUCAAAGAGUCUAAAGGUUUCUCCAGAACUUUCCCACAAGGAGGAAACACAAACCAUGGAAAAGCUUGACAAUCAAAUAAGUGAAGCUCCUAUAGUGGGAGAAGCUAUGGUUAUACCAAACAGGAGGAAGUCAAAGGAAGGCCCUAACAGUCAGAAGCCACCUUCAACUCCAGAGUUGGUCACAGCACCAACUGAAAUUACUUUGGUGGAAAAAGGAAAGCUUUCACCGAGCAAAAGAAAGUCGAAGGGUCUGAAACUUUCCCCAGAACUUGCUACCACAGAGCUGACAAAGACCAAGGAAGAGCCUGACAGUCAGAAGACAUCUUCAACUCCAGAGUUGGUCACAGCACCAACUGAAAUGGCUGAUGUAGAAAAAGGAAAGCUUUCACCAAGCAAAAGAAAGUCAAAGGGUCUUAAACUUUCCCCAGAACUUGCUACCACAGAGCUGACAAAGACCAAGGAAGAGCCUGACAGUCAGAAGACAUCUUCAACUCCAGAGUUGGUCACAGCACCAACUGAAAUGGCUGAUGUAGAAAAAGGAAAGCUUUCACCAAGCAAAAGAAAGUCAAAGGGUCUUAAACUUUCCCCAGAACUUGCUACCACAGAGCUGACAAAGACCAAGGAAGAGCCUGACAGUCAGAAGACAUCUUCAACUCCAGAGUUGGUCACAGAACCAACUGAAAUGGCUGAUGUAGAAAAAGGAAAGCUUUCACCAAGCAAAAGAAAGUCUAAGGGUCUUAAACUUUCCCCAGAGCUUGCUACCACAGAGCUGACAAAGACCAAGGAAGAGCCUGACAGUCAGAAGACAUCUUCAACUCCAGAGUUGGUCACAGCACCAACUGAAAUGGCUGAUGUAGAAAAAGGAAAGCUUUCACCAAAAGAUUCCCUAGAACUUGCUAACAAGGAGCAGAUUCAGACCAAGAAUGAACGUGACGCUCAGGGGUCAGCAUUGCCUUCCAUAGAGCAAAUUGAUGUUGCUGUUGUAGAAGAAACUAAGCUUAUACCAACCAGAAGAGAGUCAAACAAUGUUGAAAUUUCUAGAGCUCCAGAGGCAGUCUCUGCUCUUGAAAAAUCUGUUGAUGUAGAGGCUAAAGAUACUAAGAAGGAACUUGACAGUGUGAAGCCUGCCAUAACUUUAGGGGUGGUCACAGGGCAAACUGAAACUGCAGUUGUGGAAGAAAGUAAUCUCAUACCAAUUAGGAGACAGUCAAAGAGUCAAGAACUUUCUGAAACUUCACAGACAUUUGCUGUCACAAAUAGAACUGCUCAUAUGGAACCUGAACAAACUAAGAGUGAAUCUGAGAGCCCAGUGAUUGCCAUGGCUUCAGGGUCCAUACCUAUUCUGGAAGUUGCCGCAAAACAGAUAGAAGCACCACAGACCCAGAGUCAGAAAAUUGAGAUUGUUAGUGAUAUCAAGGAUGUUGUGAAAUCAACUGUUCCUCAAAGAGGGGAAACUGCAGAAGAGAAUCAAACUAGUGUAGAGGGCAUCAGUCCAGUAUGUGAGAAGAUUACUGUUCAGUUUGGUGGCAUUGGUGCCAUUCAGGAGCAUACAAACUCAGAGUUACAGGAGGCUAAAGACAUAUCCAAAAAGGCCCCAGAACAAACCAUUAACCAGUCUGCAGAAAGAGACUGGGGUACAGUGCGUCAAACACAACCACCUUUCUCUUCUGAGCCUACGGACACAACAUAUGGAGCAGAUUACAUUGACAAUUUAUGGAAAAACACAUCAGAGGUUCAGAAGAGAUAUGUGGUGCUCGAUAUUCCUGACAUAGGAUUUAGCCAGACACGUGAUAUAAAGCCAGUCCAGCCAGAGGAAGAGACUGUGCCUGAAAGUGACUCUACUCAACCUACCACUGCUGUUUUUGCAGUGGCGCGGCUUCAUGAGGCAGAGACAGAAGUGGCAGAAAAAAGCCCAUCUGAGAGAGAAAUAGUGAAACUAAGCGAAUCUAUGAGUCAGCUUAAGCUCAUGGAAACCACACAGGAAAUACCCAAAGAAGACAAAGAACAUGGUGUCCAAAAAGAGCAAGCUAAAUUUUCAACUCAUGAAAUGCAAGAUUCCCCAGAGAGCCCGUGUGAGAAGCUUGUUGAGGUGGAUGAAAUUCCCAAGGUGGCAGAAGUGACUGUUUUACAAAUGAGUACAAAAACUGAUAUACACAACUAUGAAAUCAUAACUGUCUCAAAAGAAAAAGAGGUAGAGAUGGAUAUAGAACAAUCAGGUAUCCCGAGUGAGACAGUACCAGAGAGCAAGGAUAUGACUACCACUAAUGUUCAGCCAGAGAAGGCUGAAGUGCGCACUCUGCAACGAGAUAUACCAACCAGUCCAGAGGAGAGUGAAAACACAUUUAUCAUAACAGCAAAGGAGCCAAAGAUAGAUAUUGUUGAUACAAGUAUCCAGAGCAAAAGAAUGACAGAAAACAAAGAAGGAAUUACUGCUGAUAUUAAAUCAGAGAAAGCUGCAGUUAAGAUGACCAUGAUAAAAGUGCGAGAAAGCAGUGCUGAAUUUCAAGACAAUGUGGCUCAAAUGGACUCUCCUCAACCCACUUUUGCUGUUUCUGAUUUAUUUCAACAAUGUGACACAGAGACAGAUGUUAUAGAAAUAAACUUAUACGAGCAAGCCAUAGUAAAACCAAGCCAAACUGAAACUAAGAUAGAGUUCUUGAAAACCACACAGGACAAAUCUACAGAGGACAAGGAACAUGGGGACCAAGAAGAGUAUCCUGAAGUGUCAACACAUGGUAUGCACGCUGCACCAGAGACUCUGGAUGCAAAGUCUGUUAGGAUGGAGAAAAUCCACAUGGAGCAUGAAGUGCAUGUUUUACAACUUGAUAUACCGACCAGUCUUGAGGAGCAUGAAAAAACAUUCAUCUUGAUUGCAAAAGAGCCAAGGAUAGAUGUAGUUCAAACCCAGUGUGAAAGAGAACCACAUAACACUGACACCGAAGACAAUGUAAAAACAAGCGAAACAGUGAUUAAGCUAGACUUCUUGGGAACCACACAGGAAAGACUCCAAGAGGUCAAGGAUUGUGGAGUGCAUGUUGAAGUGUCUACAAAAGACAUGCAAAAUGCACCUCAGAGCCUGGAUGAAAAAUCUGUUAGGGUUGAGAAAAUCCACAAAGGGGCUGAAGUGUGUGUUUUACAACCAGAUACACAGGUCACUAUAAAGGAGAAUGAAAUUUCAUCUGUUGGAAUAGCGAAGGUGCCAAGGAUUGAUAUAGAUCAAACAAGUAUCGUGUGCGAAAAAUUGCAAAAAAACAAAGAUAAGACUACGGCUGACAUUCACUGUGAGAAGGCUACAGAUGAGACAAGUGUCAAAGUGCAACAAAUCAGCAAUGAAAGGCAAGAAAAUACACCUCAGAGUGACUCCACUCAACCUGCAUCUGCUGUUUUCGGAGCAGUGACAAAGAAAGAAUUUUUAGAAAUAAGCUUAUCUGAACAAGACAGUGUUAAACCAAGCCAAACUGAUACUCAGCUAGAACUCUUCACAACCACACAGGAAAGACUCAAAGAAUUCAAGGAUCCUGAUGUCCAAGAAAAACAUGCUCAAGUAUGGAAACAUGAAGUGCAGGAUGUACCCAAGAGCCAGGAUGCAGAAUCUUAUAAAAAGGCAGAAAUCCACACGAGUGUACAUGAAUACAAAACUGUCACAACAGACAAGGAACCAACGAUGGAAUCAAGUAUUGAGUUCGCGAUAGUAAAACAAAGCAGGGAUAGGACCACAGAUGUUCAGCCUGACAAGUCUACAGUUAAGAUGACAAGAGUAGAAGUGCAAGAGAGUCGAACUGAAUCCCCGUCUGGACUCAGUGUGGCCCAUAAAGCCCAAACAGACAGACACACAACAGAUACAAAAGAAAAGAAAGAACAACAUCAGAAAGAGGCGGAGAAGAUGUCAAUUCAGGAACAACAAAGGGAAACAAUGGUCAGAGUAGAGCUACAAAAUGUUUCACUCCCAAUAGGCACAGGAGCCACCACUUGUGAAGUGAAGUUUCACGACUUUGUUUCGCCACAGCAGGUGUACAGUGCUGACAAGAUAUCACCUGUAUCACCGCAGGCAGUUCAGAAACCAUCAACUGACGUUAUCUUGGAUGAAGUAACCCAGGUGGAAGCAUUACCUACACUGGAAAACAAAGCAGAAGAAAGUGCUGUGAAGACUGAGAAAGUAGAUCUGGAGGCACCAGAAGGCUUUGCAAUGACGAACAUCUUCACAGAAAUACAGCUACUUGCAGGGACAGGACCCAACAUUCAACUCAUUGAGGGUAAAUCACUGGAGGAUGCUCCAGAAACUCUGAUUACAUCCACCAGUGAUCUGGAUGGUUGUCUAAGCAGACUGGUAUCUAAAGUCUUGAGCUGCAAGAAUCGCCCAGCUGAACUCAGCCCAACAGCCAUGGCCCAGCAGGUGGAGGAGGCUCAGCAGUGCAGAGAGACUGCCCAGGCCAGGGUGUCAUUACUCUCCCGGCUGAGAGGAGCUGAUGCUGAGAACAGGGACACACUGGAGCAAGUGGAGGAUCAGUGGAGUACUGCUGUCCAGGAUGCAGCUGCACUCAUCCAGAGUAAAGAGGCCCAGCUGCAGCUUGUGAAUGAUUACUGCAGACAGACCCAGUUAGCCAAGACCAUAAUGGAAAGACAGACAGCAGAACUGGAUGCUGUGAAAAUGUCCCAAGAGCAGAGCACCUCCGAGGAGGCAGAGCAACUAUGCUCCUUACAGAGAAGUAUGGAGGAGAACAGAACAGUACUCGGGGAGUUGCUCGUCAUCUAUACCAAGUUGUGCCCGCACCUGAGCCAGUCUGAGCGAGCAACAGCACAGACUGCGCAGAAGAACCUACAAGAGAAGUGGAGAGGCCUGGAGAGAGCUGUGGAGAGGACCCUUCAUCACACAAAUGUCCAUUCUCACAAGUCAAGCAGCCUUCAGUCAGAGAUAUUAGGUCUACAGGAAUAUUUGGAAACAAUUGACAAAGACCUUGAAGUCAAGUCCCCUUCAGUUACUCAGUGGAAUUGCAAGAAGGCGCAGCAGCUGAUGGAAGCAAGUGCUGAGGUUAAGGCUGCCCAGAAGAAAUACCUCCAUUUGCAGCAGCUUUCAGAGGUGCUACUGCUCAGCUCACAGAGGGAGAAGGAAACAAAAGAAAUAAGACAGGGGCUCCAGAUGGUCAAAGACAGACUUAGCCACACAGAGGAACUAGUGUCCACCCAAACCCAGAACAGCAGCAACCCCAUCAUGGAGAAAAUCAUCGCAGUGAUGAGAGAUGGCCUUGCUUGGGCUAAGCAGACAGAGAGCGACAUUGAGGGCAGGAGGAAGAGGGUGGCCCUCCUCCCUGAGGAGGUUCACCGGCAGCUCAGAGAUCUGAAGAAGCUGCAGUCUGAGGUGAUGGCCAAACAGGGCCAACUGGAGUCACUGGUGGAGGAGGUGACGGAACUCCUUCCACAGUUGGACCAGGCUGAGGAAGUGCCCAUGGUUCGCACUUCUCUGCAAUCCCUUGAACAACUCUCAAAGUCCACCACUGAUAAGCUAGCCAAAUCUGUGAGAGAAAUAGAGUCAGGGCUGCAGACCAGAGAAAAGCUGUCAGAGCAGAUUGCUGAUCUAGAUUCCUGGGUUAUGGCUCAUCUGCACAAAGAGGCCUCCAGGAUUGCAGACAGUGAGCUCAGAAGCCAAACUGAACUUGAUCGCAGACUUCGUCAGAUGCAGGAGACACUGGCUGAGGCUGACAAGCAGGUCGCUGUCUGCGAGGCUCUUUUAAUGAAGAGUAAAGACAUUUCCUCUGAACUAAGCAUCACAGAGAACUGUCAGCUUUUUGAAAAGCUUACUAACCUCCAGGAGGACAUCAGAGCCAUUAGUAGCUAUGAGAAGGCCAACAAAAAGGAGCUGGAUGAACUCAUCCAGACUGUAGAUUCAAACAGGAAAAACCUGGUCACCAUUGAAAAAAGCCUGAGGCAGAUGUUAGUUGAUCUCAGCACACACAGGUUUCCCAUCACAAGGGAGUCCCUGCAAGCUUUGGAGCCUUUCAAACAGAUGAUAUUGCAGCAUAAGUCGCAGGUUGACCACCUGCAACCCUGGAUUCCCCAGGAAAAGACAAGGGAACUGCACUCGGUCAUUUCUGAACUUUACAGCAAAAUGGUUGCCCUGGAAAUGAAAGCCAGAGAUCACGAAAGGUACCUGAACAUGAGGCAGCGUGUGGAGGACCUCAGGGAGGAUGUUCAGGAGCAGGUCCGCCAGACUAAAGAAGACAGCAUGGAGGUGGAGGAGAAGUACAAAGUCUGUCAGACCCUCCUCGUCCAGCUUCCUCUGAUGAAGUGUUUGUGUGAGGAGGCUCGCUCCAAACUUCAGAUGAUUUCUGCUGACCUCUACCCCUCUCAGCUGACCGUACAACAACAGAGGCUUAAACAAAACGAGGAGAGCCUUGACACCUGGGAGAUUACGCUCUACAACAACCUCAGCAUCAUCGAGUGGGACCUGUUGAAGGAACUGGACCUUGAAGCAGAGAAGAAAGCCACUCAGUCCUUCCUCUCAAAGAUCCAGCAAGAGCUUCGGAAACUCAUUGUGCUGGAGCCAGAUGAAACAGUCAUCAACAGGGAAUACCACAGAAUCAUGUGUUUGAAAAAGACUGUAGAGUCAAGAAUGAGAGCACUGGAGAUUCUAGAGCAAAAGAAGGGGAACAGAAAAGGAAGUGGAUCCCAGGAUCUGAUGGUCUUGAGGAAUGCAGUCCUUAGUGAAUGUGACUCAAAAAUGGAAAGCAUCUUCCAGGCCAGGGAGUCUCUGAGAAGCUACACCUGUGCUGUUAAACAAGCAGUGCAGUUCCUGAGGGACAUCGAGGUGUCCCUGCUGCCACCGCAGGGCUCUGCUGGACUCUGCACUGAAAGGCUGGAGGAGACCCAGAAAGCUUUGGCCACACUGCAGCAGCAGUUCCAGACCCAUGGGGAGCGGCUCCAGAGCCACUUUGCUCUGCAUCCUUACCUGUCCCCUCAGAAGGUGCAGCAGCUCCAGGAGAAUAUUCUGAGUCAGCUCCUGGUGAGGAUGUCCACUCUCCAGGCAAAGGGCCAUGUCCAGCUGGAGUGUCUCAGCAGGUGUGAGGAACAUCACAGAAAUUACAUCAAGUGCCAAGAUGAAAUCAUCCAGAGUGUGAACAGCGCAGAGAACAGCCUAUUACAGUUUGUCUCUCAAAAAGUCACCUGUCUCGCUGACUGCACUGACCAGGAGGCAAAGCUCAGAGCUCUGUGUGAGGAGGUGGAGUCCCUGCUGAAGCAUCUGGAGGAACUGAGGGAGUGGUGCCCAGAGCAGAGCUGUCGUGGAAGCAGGGAGGCCACUGUGACUGCUGUCUGGAAACGGGUAUCAAGACUACGGCGCUGCACACAGGAGUUGGCAACUCGUAGUAAACAGAGGAUCGCAGAAUGGAGUGAUAUCACCAACAGUGUGGAGAAGGCCUCUGCCGUCCUGGGGCAGGUGGAGGCAGAGCUUCCUGAUGCCUCACAGGUGAAGGGCUCCACUGAGGAGCUUCAUGACCUGCUGCAAGCCUGGGAGCAGUACCAGGACAGACUGGACUGUGAGCAUCGAUCCCUGUCUGCACUGGAACUGCGCGCUGCUAGGCUGCUAGGUGUCCCUGCCCACCUAGAGCAGGCUCCACCCACUCCACUCUGUCAGCAGCUGCAGGCGAUGCAGGCCCAAUACGGCAGUGUGAAGCACAGGAGCAGGGAGGGUUUGGAGGCGGCCAGGAUGGAGCUGGAGGAGAGAGAAAAGGUUCAGGAGGAGUUGCAGGGCGUCCGCGUUUGGCUGGAGGCUGCAGGUGGUCUUCUGUCAGAAAUGGAGGAGAGCAACAGCACACAGGAGCUUCAGGAGGUCCACGGCCAGCUGUAUGCCCAGAAGGCUUUGCUGCAGCGCAUCAUGGAGAGCCUGAGAAUGAAGUACUCUGACAUGUACACGCUGGUCCCAGUCGAGAUCGAAGGCCAACUGCAGGAAGUCACGCAGUCACUGCAGCAAGUUGAAGUGAAGAUGGGAGAGGCCGUGGAGAGGAGUGGUCCUGUCCACAGGCUGGGGGCAAAGCUGUCUGAGAUCCAGGCCGGCCUGAGGUCAGUUCAGAAGAGAUUGGAACAGAGAAGCCCUGAUGUGAAUGAAGCAAAGACCACUCAGAAGCGUGUAUGGGAUGAGCUGGAUGUGUGGCACUCCUCUCUGGCAGCGCUAGAGGUGGACAUGCAGGACUUGGAGAAGCCUGAAGAGGCACUGAUCCUCACAGAGAGAUUGGGGGAGGUCCAGCAGCUUCACUCCCAACUGGCCAAACAGGCCGAGCAGAGGACCACCCUCCUCAGCAAGAUUCAUAUGUGGCUUCAGGAGCAUCAGGAGAUGAUCAGCAGCUCUAAGAGCUGGAUGGCUGAGGCUCAGUCGUGGCUCGUUGCCCCCUGCACCUACACCACCGCUAAAUGUCUGAGCAGCCAUGUUGAUGCUCUGCAGGUGGUGUUGAGUGACUCAGCACAGAUCCGGACCACCCUGCAGGGCUUCAGUUCAGUACUGCAGGAAAUGUCACAGGUUUGCGACGUCACAGCUCUCCAGGAACAGCUGAUCCAAGCUGACUGCCAAGUGGCCAACGUUCAGGACAGCUUCACUGUUCCUCUGUCUCAAUUGGAGCACGCCUCUGCUGAGGUGGAGGCCAUUGAGAGUGAGGUCAGGCAGAUAGAGAACCAUGUGGCUGAGAUCAAGACUUUAUUAUCGUCUCCAGAGACUUUCCCCAGCCCCAGAGAGGAAAGUCUUAAGGUGGUUGAGCAAAGGAUCCAGUCCAUGAGGAGAACAGUGGCUGAGAUCCAGAAGUGUAAACCAGGCCUUUGUCUCCCAGAGAAGGCUGACGAGACUCUGACUGUCUUUAGUGUAGUGGACCAGCUCCAGACUCUACUGUUGGAACUGGAGAAGAAAGUCCCAGCGCUGUUCAUCCAGCAGCCUCCAACUCCGAUCCAAGCCAAAGCUCUGUCAGCUGAGCAGACUACUUCUCAGUCUCACCUCCUGAUAUCCAAUUCAGGGGAGGCUGAGAAGGAAGACACAGAGCAGGGCCAAAUCAAAAUUGUCCAUGAUGAAGAGGAUGUACUGAAGAUAUCUGGACCCACACCGCUGACCGUGGAGUGGUCUUCACCUGAACAGAGGCAGUCCGGGACACCUGACAGUGCUCAGCGGGAGCAUCAAGGCGUGCUCCAGGCUGAAGAAGCCAGAGAGACAAAAGACAGUGAGCAGCAGACAGUGGAAGAAGGUGGAGGAGGUGUUUUGUGGUGGCUCUGGGAUGCUUUCCUGGGUGCUUCUCCAGAGGAACCUGUGGUUGUUGUCCCAGAAGAGGCUGAAGCUGCUACUGGACAAGGCACUGAACAGACUGGAGAAGAUGGACAGGAUGUUGAGGGCCCCACUGACAACACAGAAGCAAGUUCAUCUGAAGCUUUAUCAAACCCCCUGGGCACAGUCAGAAAUGAGUCUCUGCCUGAGAGCAUGGUAAACACAGCCUCGACCGUAAAAGUUUCCAAAUCCAACUCUGGGCCCCAACAGAAAUGUGUAGUCUCUGAGCUCAUGCAGGGUCAGAGGGGGCUUGCAUGGAGGGGGCAUGACAGCAAUCCAGAGGGGCUGAAGACAAACACAGGAGGCUCAGCCAGGUGUGCUGUGUUUGUGUCCCAGCGACUGGAGGAGCCUCGGCCGGGCGGGCUCCGGCCUGGACCCUGCCCCAGAGAAGGUGUUCUCCAUGUCUGCCUGGAGAGGGUCAGCCAGCUGGAGCUGUGGCUGCAGAAAGCCCAGAGAAGCCCGGUAGCCGCCGGAGCUGCCGGUUCAUCCACCAUGCAGGACAGCGUGGAGCAGCAACUCCUCACCUGCCAGGAGAUGUUCCUGGAGAUCGAGCAGAAGGUGGCGAGCCUGUCAUCGCUCGGCCAGGUUGCUGACCCGCAGCAGCAGGAUGAACUGGGAGCUGCGGCAUCCCAGCAGGAGGCGGCUGAGCUGCUGUCCUCCAAACUGGAGCUCCUUAAGGCCAACCUGGUCUCCUUCCAGCAGCUGCUACAGGACAGACAGGGAGAGGAGAGGACCAUCACCCACAAAGAGCCUCAGGAACAGAGGUCAGCAGCUCAGUCGGGGCGCCAGCUUGGGUCUACGUUGAAGCGCAGCAGCAGCGUUCAGGACAUCUUCACCUGCCCGAGAAACAAACUCCUCAGACAGAGCAGCCUGCAACAGCAGAAGGAGCUGGAGCAGGAGCUGACCGAACAGAGAGGACUGACGCAGGCCAUCGCCCGGCAGGGCAACCGAGCUCGACUUUACAGCCAGGAGUCAGAGGACCACAGCCAGCUGUCACCAUGGUCGCCUCCUGCUGAGGCUGAUGGGGGGGAGGACUCUGUGCAGAAGAAGUGGGAUGGCCUUCACAGUCGGCUGCUGGCUUCGGAGGAGAGCUGGCUGCUUCCUCCCUCUGAGGUGACAGACUCAUCUAUGAGGCGUAGUGAUGGAACAGCAGGACGUAUGAUUGGCACACAAACCCUGAAAGAGCUUCAAACCCUAAUCAGCCAUCUGAGAGAGCUGGGAGAUACAGCUGCAGUGCCUCCGAGUGGGGCCUCCUCUGUGGACGGCUCCCAUCAGACACUGGACGAGGGUUUGUUUCACGUGCUGUGCGGAGCCUCCUUGUCCCUGUCCGCCAUCAGUAACCUGCUGCACUCACCGGCACACGAAGAAGAUGCUCAGCUGAGGCUGCUGCAGCUGCAGAGUCUGUCAGCUGAGCUGGCGACCCUUGGCAGCGAGCUGGCCACGCAGGGGUCGAAGGUCACCGCUAUCCUGGGGUCAGAUGGUGCUCGGCGGUGUGUUGACGACGUGAGCAGAGUCCUUCCUGUGGUCCAGGCUGCUCUGACCGGCAGAGAGAAGCAGCUCAGGAACCUGCGGGAGGAGACGGCAAAGCAACAGAGACCCCUGAAAGAGUUGCAUGCAGCCUUCACCUCUAACCAGUCGACCAUUCGUCAAAUAUGUAACGGGUUCGAUGGAAAGCUGGGCCUUAAUGAACAGCUACAGGCUGUGAUUCAGAUGCAGGAGUCUCUGCAGCAGCAGGUCGAGCAGGUCGACUCUCUGCUGGAGGAGGCUGACCAACACAACCUGCCCGCCUCCCUCGUCCACCAGGCCACACAGCUACAGGGCGAGCUGGACACAUCUCUCCGUGGUGUCGGCUCCCGCUGUGAGGAGCUGAGGAGCAGUGUGGAGCUGCAGCAGCAGUAUGAGCGGCUGGUCCACGGCCUUCGGGAGCUGCUCACUCUGGGCUCCGGACGCCUCACGCAGCAGCCUGACGCAGAGCUCCGGAGCAGAGCUCAGCUCCAGCAGCAGCUCGGCAGUCAUACGAAGUUUUUCCAGUUCCUGGGCCAUCAUUUUAGGAUCCUGCAGUACCUGACCUUGAGACUCCCGGAGAGCGUCCCCCAGAGGCGGGACGGCGUACUGAUGGGCCUGCGGGAUGAGGUGGCCCGACUGCAGCAGCUCGGACUGGAGAAAGGAACCAGGAUGCAGGAAACGUUACAGACAUGGUCGCAGUGGGAGGAGGACAGAGCCUGGUCAGACUCCCUGCUGAAAGAAAUUGAGACUUCGUUUCCCAAAAUGCACGAGGAGGCUGAUUCUGAGGAGCAGAUAUCAGAGAAGUUCUCUGUCUACCUGGAGCUUGGGGGUGUUCCGGAGGUGAACAAGGCGCGGUUCCGGCGGAUGCUGGAGGCGGGGCUACGUCUGCAGGAGUCGGGCUGCAGCGGAGUGGGCGUGACCACCGGCGAGCUGGGGGCGCGCUGGACAGCUCUGCACGAGAGGGUGGAGAAGGAACGCGCCAGCUGCGACAGAAAAAGGAAAUUGAGAAGCAGGUUUCUUCGUGACUCUGCUGUACUAGCUGACUGGAUGGAGAAGGCCAGAGAGCUGAUUGAUAAAUGGAGUCAGUUCACUGUCACGGCCAGUGAGGAGAUGGAUGUUGAACGGAGGCACGACCAUUACCUCCAGUGUGUGGCUCUGACCAAAGAGGUGGAGGCCAGAUCUGAACUGAAGGUGGCGGUGAUUGGCGCCGGUUCCCAGCUGGUCCAGAUGAGCGAAGCAGGCGGGCACUCAGAUAGAAAUCAGGAAGACAAAGGGACUUCACUACCCAUCCAAUCCCAGCUCAGACAGAUAGAGGUGGACUGGUCCAGUCUGCUGGCUGAUGUCCCUGUCGUCCAGCAAGCUCUGCAUAAGCGGUGGAAGAAGAUGUUGACCCAGCAGGGGGCGCUGCUGGAGCUGCAGGUCUGGCUCGGAGCUGCUGAGUGCCAGCUGGAGGAGAAUCGCAGCAGGAUCAAGCAGAAAUCCUCAACGAAGGCUGAUGUCACGAAGCUCCUAAAAUACUGCAAGGGGUGUCAGGUUGAGAUGGCGGCCCAUCAGGCAACACUGGACUAUGUGAACCGGCCAUUACAGACCAGUAGCACUGAGGAUGGCCAGAGGGGGCGCUACCAACGCAACCAGUUUGCAGAGGACCAGGGUCAUCUCAACCAUCAGUGGCUCAGUUUACAGGAAACCCUCAACUCUCAGAUCCAGGAGGUGGAGCAGGAUUUGAGGAACCGAGCGGAGCGGGAGGCCCGACUGCUGCAGAUCAACAGCUGGAUCACAGAUCAGAGCCUCUGGAUCGACUCAGCUCAGACACCCAGCAGCCGGACAGAGCUGCAGAGGAGCAUCGGCACCUGCCAGAGCCUGGAGGAGGAGAUCAGGCGGAAGUCCGCGGCUCUUCAGGAGUUGAGAGACAAACUCUGCGGCGGACGAGGAAACAGCAGCUGUGAUUUUAUCUCUCAGGCAGAUAAAUGCAUCCAGGCCUGUGCAGCUGUCAGGCAACAGAAUGAAUCGGUGAGACGGAGGCUGAUUCAGGCUCAGCGGCUCUGGGACCGUGCGGAGAAGAGCCUGAACCAGAUGAUGCUGACAACAGUGAGACUGUCUCAGACUCUGGAGUAUCACAGCAGCCCUCAGCUCUGCCUGCAGGCACACAGGGAUCUCCAUGAAAGGCUACAGCUUCUUCAUGAGGAGACAGAGGCUUCGCGGGCAGAGUGGGAUGAACUGAGUCAGACCGUCUCCUCCCUCAGAGACAUCAUCAGCCCUGCUGCCGCCCUCCUCGCCGAGCAGCUGGACAGACACAGAGACAGUUGGACUCAGGUCUCUGGAGCUCUGGAACAGCAGCUGCAGAGGAGUCAGGGGAUCCUGCGGGUCUGGGAGGUCUACGCCCAGCUGGCCGCGUCCUCCUCCCAGCAGCUACGGGCGCUGCGGAGUGACCUCACGUCCGCUCUGAGCGGAGCGCCCGGAGAUGACGUCACCACGGAGCAGGUCGCUGUCAGGAUUCACAAUGUUCAGAGUCUCCUACAGAGAACAGACACUUUGCAGUCUGACCUGGAGGGGGUGCUGGAGGCUUCCAAGGACCUGAUUAGCCACCUGGAACCCUCAGCUGCCAGUCUGGUCCAAUCAGAGAGCAGGUUGUUGUCCCGUGGUGUGCUGCAGCUUAGCCAGACGCUGACAGAGAAGCUGGGUCAACAGCAGGAGGAGCUCGAGCGGCUGCAGGAGUUUGGAAACCUCUUGGAGACACUGGAGAGAAACCUGGAGGUCUGGCAGCAGCGUCUGGAGUAUGCGGCUCAGACAGCAGACCGGUCUGGCCUCCUGGAGCUGAGCGGCCUGUCUGCUGACCUGGAUGUGCUAAAUGAGCUGAGCUGCAGCCUGACGCUGGGCGACGCUGCCGCACGCCGCCUGCAACGCCUCAACCACCGCUGGGCCGACGCCUCCGCCAGAGCCGAGGAGGCCUGCAGCGAGCUGCAGACGGAGGCGCUGAGGCAGCAGAGCUUUGAGCAGAAGUGUGCGAGCUGGAUGUCUUUCCUGCAGAGGAUGGAAGACAGUCUGGCGGUGGAUGUGGCCGGCUCUUACGCGGGCCUGAGACAGCAGCUCUGCACACACAAGCGGUUUCAGGCAGAGCUAUCCACUGGUCACCAAAUCCUCCAUUCAGUCAUCACCGAAGCUCUUCAUCUGCUGCAUAGAGGAGAGGUGGACGACAGGAGUGACUUUAUCCUGAAGUUGGCCCAGCUCAGGGAGCACUGGCAGGGGGCGCUGCAGCGUGCCGAUCAGCGGCGCUCUCUGGUGGAGGGGCUGGUGAGGCACUGGCACCUGUACGGCCGCAGCCUGAGGAAGCUGCAGAAGUUCCUGGCGGACACACAUACCCUGCUUCCCCCCGCUGGGCCGGCCCGCUGUAGUCUGCAACAGCUCAGGCGCUCCCUACAAGACCUCCAGCACACAGAGCUGUUGUUCCAGAGGUAUCAGUGCACUUUCAUCCACACUCUAGAGGUCGGCCGCCAGCUCUUCUCCAUGGGGGAUGAAGAGACCCAGACUCAGCUGCAGACGGAUCUGGGAACCCUGCAGGAGGAGUGGGACAACCUCCACAGCCUGCUGGGCCGAAGGAUGGACCUCACCGAAGCUAUCGUCAAGAACUGGGAGCGCUGCGAGGCCGGACUAGCAGACAGCAUGCUGCAGCUGAAGGACAUGAAGACCAGACUGAACCAGUUGAUGCCGGACUGCGACGAUGAGCUGCAGAGUGCCGAGAAAUUCAACAAGGAGAACGAGGACUCCCUGGAGGACUGGGCUGAGAGUCUGACGGAGCUGAGCGCCAUGAAGACGGAUCUGUCCCAGUACAUCAUCGCUGACGACGUCCUGCUGCUGCAGGAGCAGGUGGAGCACCUGCACUGCCAGUGGGAAGAGCUCUGCCUCAAGGUGUCUCUGCGUAAGCAGGAGAUCGCGGACCGUCUGAACGCGUGGAUCAUCUUCAACGAGAAGAACAAGGAGCUGUGUGAGUGGCUGACGCAGAUGGAGAACAAGGUGGCACACAACUCCGACCUCAACAUUGAGGAAAUGGUGGAGAAACUGAAGAAGGACUGUAUGGAGGAGAUCAACCUAUUCAGUGAGAAUAAAACCCACCUAAAGCAGCUCGGAGAACAGCUCAUCACUGCCAGCAACAAGACAAAGGAGACGGAGAUCAACGACAAGCUGAAGGACAUCAACGACCGCUGGCAGCAUCUGUUUGACCACAUAGAGGCCAGGGUGAGGAAGCUGAAGGAGACGCUGGUGACGGUGCAGCAGCUCGAUAAGAACAUGAGCAACCUGCGGACGUGGCUGUCUCGCAUCGAGGCGGAGCUGGCUAAGCCGGUGCUCUACAGUGUCUGCCACAGCGAUGAGAUUCAGAGGAAACUGGCUGAGCAGCAGGAUCUGCAGCGGGACAUCGAGCAGCACACGGAGAGCGUGGCGUCGGUGCUGACGCUGUGUGACGUCCUGCUCCAUGACGCUGACGCCUGUGGCAGCGACUCGGAGAACGACUCGAUCCAGCAGACCACUCGCAGCCUGGACCGUCGCUGGAGGAACAUCUGCGCCAUGUCUAUGGAGAGGAGGAUGAGGAUCGAGGAAACCUGGCGUCUCUGGUGUAAGUUCCUGGACGACUACUCUCGCUUUGAAGACUGGCUGAAGACAGCUGAGUUCACCGCAGCCAGCCCGGAAUCCGCCGACGUCCUCUACACCAGCGCCAAGGAGGAGCUCAAGAAGUUCGAGGCGUUCCAGCGGCAGGUUCACGAGCGCUUGACGCAGCUGGAGCUGGUCAACAAACAGUACCGCCGUCUGGCCCGGGAGAACCGCACCGACACCGCCAGCAAACUCAAAGUCAUGGUCCACGAGGGGAACCAGCGGUGGGACGGCCUGCAGAAGAGGGUGGCGGCUGUCCUCCGCAGACUCAAGCACUUUACCUCUCAGAGAGAAGACUUCGAGGGAACUCGCGAGGGGAUCCUGGUCUGGCUGACAGAGAUGGACCUCCAGCUCACCAAUGUGGAGCACUUCUCUGAGAGUGACAUCGAAGACAAGAUGAGACAGCUCAACGGCUUCCAGCAGGAGAUCACCCUCAACACCAACAAAAUCGACGCCCUCAUCGUGUUUGGGGAGAACCUGAUCCAGAAGAGCGCUCCUCUGGAUGCCGUGCUGAUCGAGGACGAGCUGGAGGAGCUGCACUCCUACUGCCAGGAGGUGUUUGGCAGGGUGGCUCGUUUCCACCACCGCCUCGUCAACAGACGCCCGGUGCUGGAGGAGGAGCGGGAACUCUCAGACCGGGACACAGACCGGGACGACUCACCCGAUCUGACCAACGGGACCUCGUGGAGAGAAACGCGGAAGAAGGAGGAGGACGUUGCAGCGGUAGGUGGAGUCUCAGGUGGACGGCAGGCCAUGUGCCACCUGCUGGCGCCUCCUCUGGAGCGGUCAGGGAGAGAGACCCCCGUCAGCGUGGACUCCAUCCCGCUGGAGUGGGACCACACCGUUGACGUGGGAGGGUCGUCGUCGCACGAGGACGACGAGGACGCCACCUUCUUCAGUGCUCUGUCAGAUGUGAAGGUCACAGAGAGCUCAGAGGCGUUUGUUAAAGCCACUGUCAGAGCAGUGGAGGCGGCCUCGGUGAAGUCCGUGACCGACCCGCCCAGCUGGCACCAGCCGGGCUCCCCAGAGAGGAAACGAGUUCCCCGACAAACCAUCCGAGGCCUGAGCUCGUCUCCCACACACACCACCAGUACUCCCUUCCACCCGCAGGGCUACGCUAAGCUGAUGUCGGAGUGCAGCGGCAGCAUCGACAAUGUGAAGCGAGUUAAGCUGAUCCUGAACGAUGAGGAGGAGCUGGAGGAUGCGGGUCUGACCAGCAGCACGGCCGACAAACAGACCGGGACAGGUGUGAUCGAGCGCUGGGAGCUGCUACAAGCGCAAAAGUUCAACAACGAGACGGACAUCAAGCAGGACCUGGAGCAGUGGCAGAAGCUGAACUCUGACCUCUGCGACGUCACUUCCUGGCUGGGCAGGGUGCUGCCGGAGCUGGAGAGGCUGCAGCGGAUCGCGCCGUCCACCGGCGUCCGAGACAUCGAGGUCAACAUCAGGAAACUAAAGGAGAUGCAGAAGACCUUCAACAGCUACAAGUGUCUGAUGAUCUCCGUCAACCUGAACAGCCGCCACUUCCUGCGGGGCGACAGCGCCGAGCUGCGGGAGCUGCAGGAAGCUCUGAGCUCAGCCAACCUCGGCUGGACGCAGGCCUGCGGCGGCCUGGAGAGCUGGGAGAGGAGGCUGCACUCCGCCCUCAUGCGGUGUCAGGAGUUUCACGAGACGCUGCACUCUCUGUUGUUGUGGCUCGCUCAGGCCGAGCGCAAACUCUACGCCGUGAACGUCGGCGACCGGUUGGCCUCGCGCUCCGCCCUGCUGGAGCACCGGGACACGCUGACGGCUCUGCAGGAGGAACUGCGCGGCCGUCAGCGACAGGUCUCCUCGCUGCAGGCCAUCUCCUCUCAGCUCCUCCUGGAGGCCACCGGCGAGGACAGCGUGGAGGCCAAGGAGAAGGUCCACGUCAUCGGCAACAAACUGCGUCUGCUGCUGCGACAGGCGGCCGCCGACCUGCAGGCGCUGCAGGGAAGGCUGGAAACCUGCUCAGUCAGCUCUGAGGUGGACAGCAUCGGUCUGGGAACGCUCAGCCCUCCACUGCUGCUGCACAAGGAGGCGUCUGGUCUGCAGGCAGCUACAGUCGGACAAGCAGCAACUCGAAGGGAGGAGAGGAGGGAUUCCUCCCUACGCCGACCCUUCUUCUACCGGGUUCUACGAGCCGCCUUCCCCCUUCACCUGCUCUUCUUGGUGCUGCUGGUUCUGGCCUGCCUGGUGCCUCUGUCUGAGGAGGACUACAGCUGCACCAUGUCCAACAACUUUGCACGCUCCUUCUACCCCAUGCUGCGUUACACCAACGGCCCUCCGCCCACAUGAGCGCCGCCGUGGCGCUCGGUGGGAAAGUUCGUCUCUGGCUUCUCCAGGCGAGGGGAGGACUGGAAAGGAAACGGCCACAUAUCAGGUUGAAAUCCAAGAUGGAGGGUGUUCAGACACAAGGUCAAAUAUACCCUCUGACUUCCACAGAAAAGAAGCACCGCCCUCCGUGUCUGAAGGCCUCAUUAUGUGUUUUUUGACUCUAAAUUUUAUUGGUGUAUUUAAAAAUGUAUUUAUUAUUUGCGGAGCGCCA